AUGCUUCAAUCCUUUAGUUAUGGAAGAAUCUGACAAGGAAGAGGAGCUUGAUGCAACAAAAGCAAAGGUGGAGAAAGUUAGGGAAGAAAAUGAGAAAUUAAAGCUCUUACUCUCUACCAUUCUUAAUAAUUACAACUCUCUUCAAAUGCAUGUCUCUAACGUUCUCCGACAACAACAAAGAGCUUCUAUGGAGCUAGAUCAAGACAAAGAUAACGAUUUUGAUGUAGAUAUAUCACUUAGGCUUGGAAGAUCAGAGCAAAAGAUCUCUAAAAAGGAGGAAAAGGUGGACAAGAUUUCUAAUGAGAACAAAGAGGAGUCAAAAGAUAAAAGAUUUGCACUCGGUUUAGGAUUUCAGAUUCAAAGUUAUGAAGCCUCGAAAUUAGAUGAUCUUUGUAGACAGGUUAAGAAUGUGAACGCAGAGAAUAAAUGUUUAUCUUCGAGGAAAGAUGUCAAAACAGUUAGAAAUGAAAAUCAUCAUCAAGAUGUUUUGGAAGAGCAUGAGCAAGCAGGUUUGAAGAAAACUAGGGUUUGUGUUAAAGCAUCAUGUGAAGACCCAUCAAUAAACGACGGUUGUCAGUGGAGGAAAUAUGGUCAAAAGACUGCGAAAACCAAUCCUCUUCCACGAGCCUAUUACCGUUGCUCCAUGUCGUCAAAUUGUCCCGUUAGAAAACAGGUGCAAAGAUGCGGAGAAGAAGAAACAUCCGCUUUUAUGACAACAUACGAAGGAAACCAUGACCAUCCUCUUCCCAUGGAAGCAACCCACAUGGCAGCUGGAACUUCCGCGGCUGCCUCCUUAUUACAAUCUGGCUCCUCCUCCUCCUCCUCCUCCACCUCCGCGAGUCUAAGCUAUUUCUUCCCUUUUCACCACUUCUCUAUCUCCACAACUAACUCCCACCCGACCGUAACAUUGGACCUCACACGACCAAACUAUCCCAAUCAGUUACCAGACGACUAUCCUCUAUCGUCCUCCUCUUUCAGUCUCAACUUCUCCUCUCCUGAUCCUCCACCUCCAUCGUCGCACGAUAACACCUUGAACUUUAGUGGCUUGCGAACACAAGCUCCUUUGAGUACAGAUUCCUUAUUGGCCCAUAUCUGUGAGACUAUUCAAUUGAAUCGGUAUCAAGAUAUGGCGGGAAGUGAAGCGGUAGAAGAUAAAGAGAUAAAAUCGGCGGUUUCAAGCUGUGAGGCGUAUUUCGAGAAAGUACAGUCAAGGAAGAAUCUUCCCAAAUCUCUUCAAGAAACCCUAAACUCUGCUUUCGCCGGAAUCCCCGUCUCCUCCUUCCCUCAAGUCCCCGGCGGCAGAGUGAUAGAGAUUCCAGCGGAAACACCUGUAUCAGAAGCAGUAAAGAUCUUAUCAGACAGCAAGAUUCUAUCAGCUCCUGUGAUUAACACAGAUCACGAGAGUUCCUUAGAUUGGAGAGAAAGAUAUUUAGGAAUCAUUGAUUACUCUUCAAUCAUCUUAUGGGUGUUAGAGAGUGCUGAACUUGCUGCAAUAGCGUUGUCCGCUACGUCAGCAACCGCUGCUGGUGUUGGUGCUGGAGCUGUUGGAGCUCUUGGUGUUGCAGCGCUUGGGGUGACCGGUCCGGUUGCUGUUGCAGGGCUAGCAGCGGCUGCGGUUGGAGCCGCGGUUGCUGGUGGUGUUGCAGCUGACCGUGGGAUUGGGAAAGAUGCUCCAACUGCUGCUGAUAAUUUAGGGAAAGAUUUCUAUCAAGUCAUUCUUCAAGAAGAGCCUUUCAAAUCAACCACUGUUAGAACAAUACUUAAGUCGUUUAGAUGGGCUCCUUUUCUUCCGGUUUCUACAGAGAGUUCGAUGUUGAGUGUUAUGUUGUUACUCUCGAAAUACCGGUUAAGGAAUGUGCCGGUUAUUAAAUCAGGAGAACCUGAUAUCAAGAACUACGUUACUCAAUCUGCAGUUGUUCAUGGUCUUGAAGGCUGCAAAGGUAGAGAUUGGUUUGAUCACAUUUCUGCUCUCUCGAUUUCUGAUCUCGGCCUCCCUUUCAUGUCGCCUAACGAGGUUAUUAGCAUUGAGAGUGAAGAACUUAUUCUUGAAGCAUUCAAGCGGAUGAGAGACAACAACAUUGGUGGUUUACCUGUAAUCGAAGGGCCGAAUAAGAAGAUUGUUGGUAACAUUAGCAUGAGAGACAUUAGAUAUUUGCUUUUACAACCUGAAGUCUUCUCCAAUUUCAGACAACUCACGGUGAAGAGUUUCGCGACAAAGAUUGCUACCGCAGGAGAGGAAUAUGGUUUAGCGAUUCCUGCAAUAACUUGUAGGCCUGAUUCGACUUUAGGGAGUGUUAUAAACAGUUUGGCUUCGAGGUCGGUGCAUCGGGUUUAUGUAGCUGCUGGAGAUGAGAAUGAGCUUUAUGGGGUUAUAACACUGAGGGAUGUGAUCUCUUGUUUCGUAUCAGAACCUCCAAACUACUUUGAGAACUGUCUCGGGUUCUCGAACCAAUGGAGUCCUAUUUAUGAUGUUGCAGCAAUUCUUACAUCUAUCCAGUCACUCCUCUGUGAUCCCAACCCAAACUCACCUGCAAACUCAGAAGCUGCCCGCUUAUUCAGCGAGAACAAGCGAGAAUACAACAGACGAGUUGAGGAGAUUGUGGAACAGAGUUGGACCGCUGAUUACUAAGCUAUAUCGGUAAUCGAAUCUUCUGCGCUCAGAUUUUAUAACAUUUUAAGAAGUGGAGGUGAUCAAACUGGUAAAACGAGCGACAUUUAUCAGUUUUCAAAGUUUGUUGUUUCAUGCCUUCAAUUCAAUAUAUAUGUACUGUAAUGGUUUGAUAAAUCUCAAAUAUUUUCUGGAUUGUUCAAUUUGUAUAUGUGUUUGUAAGUCUCUCCAAUUCAAUAUAGAAUAUAUGGAUUC